GGAGGGUUUUAUCGCUCAAGACGUUUAGUUCCAUGGUGUUAGUAUGGGCGGAUGUCAACUACGUCUAUCCCCAGAUGCACUUCACCGCUGUAACCUCGAGCGCAUCCGCUAUCUACAAGAGCCUGCGGAUCCGGUAUUAUUUCCGGCACCCGCAGGCUCUGCGUGGGAAGAGCGAGUUUAUGCAGUACCUGACGAUGGAUAGCAAGCACGGCGUUAUGUUCCUGGAGCGGUGGGACCCUGUCCGGAUCGCCUUUGC